CAGGAGACCAUGGCCAAGAGAGUGGCAAUCAUUGGAGCUGGGGUGAGUGGCCUGACCUCCAUUAAGAGUUGCUUGGAAGAAGGGCUGGAACCCACCUGUUUCGAGAGGAGUGAUGACAUCGGAGGACUGUGGAGAUUCACGGAGCAUGUUGAAGAAGGAAGGGCCAGCCUCUAUAAAUCCGUGGUUAGCAACAGCUGCAAGGAGAUGUCUUGUUAUUCAGACUUCCCAUUCCCUGAGGAUUUUCCAAACUAUGUUCCUAACGCCCAGUUCUUAGAAUAUCUCAGGAUGUAUGCAAAGAGAUUCAAUCUUCUGAAAAAUAUCCAGUUCAAGACAGUAGUCUGCAGUGUGAAAAAGCGACCGGAUUUCUCCACCUCGGGCCAGUGGGAUGUUAUCACCAAGCGGGAGGGAAAGGAGGAGACAGCAGUCUUCGAUGCUGUCAUGGUUUGCACUGGUUUUCUCACCUACCCAUAUUUGCCACUUGACUCUUUCCCAGGUAUAAACAAAUUCAAAGGCCAGUACUUCCAUAGCCGCCAAUACAAAUAUCCAGAUAUAUUUAAGGAUAAAAGGGUCCUUGUGAUUGGAUUGGGAAAUUCUGGGGCGGAUAUUGCUGUGGAGGCCAGUCGCAUUGCUAACAAGGUGUUCCUGAGCACCACCGGAGGAGGAUGGGUGAUGAGUCGAGUGUUUGACUCGGGAUACCCCUGGGAUAUGGUAUUCACAACGCGGUUCCAGAAUUUAGUCAGAAAUACUCUCCCUACCGUGGUUUUGAACUGGAUGAUCGGUAAAAUGAUGAACAAAUGGUUUGAUCACGCAAACUAUGGCAUAAUUCCAGAAAACAGGACUCAAUUCAAGGAACCGCUGUUGAAUGAUGAGCUCCCAUCCUGCAUCAUCACUGGGAAGGUAUUGAUCAAACCUGCGGUGAGGGAGGUGAAAGAAAAUUCAGUCCUGUUUCAGAACACUCCCAACGAGGAACCCAUUGAAGUCAUCGUCUUCGCCACCGGUUACACCUUCGCUUUCCCAUUCCUUGAUGAGUCCUUGGUCAAAGUCGAGAACAAUCAGGCCUCCUUGUAUAAGUACAUCUUUCCCGCCCACCUGGAGAAGCCUACCCUGGCCAUCAUCAGCCUCGUCAAACCCCUGGGCUCCAUGGUGCCCACCUCGGAAGUGCAGGCUCGAUGGGCAACCCGCGUCCUGAAGGGCGUCAACAAACUACCACCAAGAAGUGUCAUGAUGGAGGACGUUAACCGACUGAAGAAAAAUAAAGCCACUGGGUUUGGGCUGUGCUACGGCAUGGUCCUGCAAACAGAUUACAUCAUGUACCUGGACGAACUCACCUCUUACUUCAAUGCCAAACCCGACCUGCUGUCUUUACUGGUGACGGACCCUUAUCUGGCCCUGAAGCUCUUCUUCGGCCCCUGCACCCCCUACCAGUACCGCCUGACUGGGCCGGGGAAGUGGGCCGGGGCCAGAAACGCCAUCCUGACGCAGUGGGACCGGACUUUCAAGCCUACGAAAACCCGCGUUGUGGAAGAGUCUCCAAAUAUCUCUUCCUAUCUGCUCAAAUUCUUCAGCCUUUUCACUCUCUUCGUGGCCAUGUAUUUGGUGUUCCAAUAGACCUCAGCUCCUGAAACCCCAUUCCCAAUUUUCAGAGCAAAGUUGCAUUAUUGUGGUUCCUCAUGAGAGCUUGGCCUUCUUUUUUUGGGCCAGGCUUGCUAUUCUGAACUCUUCCAAGUGCUUAGUACAGUGCUCUGACCACUGUGGGCAUUCAAUAAAUACCUCUGCCCGAUUGAUUGGUAGUCC